AUGAGCGGCGGAGAAGAAAAAUCAGUCGACUCAAGCAGAACCGCUCGUUUUUUAUGGCAAGAAAGUUUACGAGGCUUGAAAGAUGCUAACAAGGUUCAUCAUCACAAAAAGGGAACAAGGAGACUCGUUUCAGAUGGUAGUCGAAUUCAGCAUCUGGAACGUAGAAUAAGAGUUCUUGAAGGUGAACUCAUGGAGGCAGCUGCCAUAGAGUUCAGCCUUUACUCUGUGGCUGCACAACAUGGAAGUUCCAUGAGUAAAGUUCAUGCACCAGCUAGACGCCUCUCGAGGUUCUAUUUCACUACUGCUAACCAACACAACUCCAUAUCUGCAGUAGCUAACCAACACAACUCCAUAUCUGCAGCUAAAAGUAUUGUAUCUGGAUUGGUUUUAGUUGCAAAAGCAUGUGGCAAUGAUGUUCCUAGAUUAACUUUCUGGCUUUCAAACUCAAUGGUGCUAAGAGUUAUUGUGAACCGUUCUUCCGGGGACAGUCUUAAAUCAACGGUGGGUGCAAGGAAUGGAAAGAAAGAAUGUUCAUUGCCUCUUAAACGGGAGUCUAAGAGUAGCAGAGACCCUCCGACGCUCGGUGACAGGGAUGGCCCUCAAAUGUUUGCAGCUUCACUUGAAAGUUUCGAAGCGUGGAUAUUUUCCCGAAUCAUCGAGUCUUUGUGGUGGCAGAUUUUUAUUCCGCAUAUGCAGUCUGGUGCUGCUAAAGCAAUUCGCGUGAGUAUGGAUUCUCAGUCACGCAAGUUAUGCAAAAGGACAUCGUUUGGUUCGGUCGAUCAUCAGCAAGGUAAUUUUUCUGUGCAACUCUGGAAAAAGGCUUUCCAGGAUGCAUUUGAAAGAUUAUGCACUGCUCGAGCUGAAGGGCACGAUUGUGGUUGUUUACCUGUGAUCUCUAAACUGAUAAUGGAGCAGCUGAUUGGUAGGCUAGAUGUGGCUAUGUUUAAUGCGAUCCUUCGAGAAUCGGCUGAUGAAAUUCCGACAGAUCCUGUGGCAGACCCCAUUAGUGAUGCACAGGUUCUUCCUAUUCCAGCAGGGACAGCUAGCUUUGGUGCCGGUGCACAAUUAAAAAAUGCGAUUGGAGAUUGGUCUAGAUGCCUUACAGAUCUCUUCGACAUGGAUGAUAUGGAUGGUGAUACACCAUCGAAGCCUUUUCGGAUCCUCAAUGCACUGAGUGAUCUUAUGAUGCUUCCAAAGGAUAUGCUGCUGAGGAGAAGUAUCAGAGAAGAGGUUUGUCCUUCAUUUGGGCCUCGGCUGAUAUGGCGGAUAGUUAAAUCCUUCGUUCCGGAUGAGUUUUGCUCAGACCCUAUUCCUGGAGCUGUUCUUGAAGCUUUAAAUGCAGAGGAUUCUUUUGAUUCUGAAGAUGAUUCCAUGAUGAGCUUCCCAUGUGCUGUAGCAGCUGCUGUAUACAUGGCACCAUCAGCUUCUGCUUUAGCCACUUCUAUCUUUGGACAAUUUGGCAGCCCUUCUAAGCUGAAACGUAGCAAAUCCUCAGUUCUUGAGAAAUCACAGACGAGCGAUGAUGAACUUGAUCAACUUAAUUCACCUCUGAAAGAAGUCUUUCGGUCAUUGCCAUCUUCUCGUGGAAAUCGAAAAGCUGAGCGGUAUAAACUCCUUCAGCAAGCAUGGAUGAAUCGCGAGUGA